AGUCGGGCACAAGCAACCGUAACCAAAGCCCAAUUGCAACACCACGCCACCACACGCGAGGUAGCAUCCCGAGUCAAAUGGCUUUUCUUUUAAUCCACGAGCAUGCCCGCUGAAACCUGCAAGAAGCCGUCGUCGCCCGGAGCACGGGCGCAGGCGGAGCUGCACCCGCACCCCCUAUAAGAGGUCGCCUCCCUCUCUGUCCCAAGCUCCAUAGAUUCCAAAGCCAGCCAACCAUCUAAUCAGUAAUGGAGGGGCUCAUCCCGUUCGUCUACAAGGCCAUCAAGGAGCGGCGCACCCGGAGCUACUCCAGGUGCGGCUCGGCGCGCGGCGCCGCCGUCGCGGACGAGGACGACGUCUGGGAGCAGCAGAAGCAGCAGUGGGCGGCGGCGGACGGCGCGGGGAGGGAGGCGGGGCACCGGCGGCACCGGUCGCUGGAGGAGCUGGCCGGCGAGGUGGGCUCCGCGGCGCCCGAGUGGCCGGCCCGCGGGGCGAUGCGCCGGGGCCGGAGCGCCAGGAUCUUCUCCUGCAUCGGCGGCAUGUGAUCAAUACGUAUGAAUGAUACGUGCUGCUGGUGCUCUGCCUGCUUUGUUUAGCUACUACUUUAGCCGUGCCUGUAAGGUAAGGUUCAUGGUGAUUUGAAGACGAAGAGUAGUACGUAGAAGAGUCUGUGUGGUGCGCGCGUGUUGUGUGUACUCCAGCCAAAGUGUAUAUACAUGGGUUUGAUGAUGCUGAAGAUGUAAAAACUGGUGGUGCAUGCUCGUUUGAGCCUGUCCAACCGAUGGUACUGCACGAAUGGACUCGUUUGCAA